AUGUUGAUUUCUACAAGCAAACUUCGGAGUCUCUCCGUCAAACACAAUCGAACGCUUUGCCAUGUUUUUCAGUUCACCCAGAAACCCGCAAACAAUGACAACCUUGAUCAGAUAGCAAAUCUUUUGAAACAACCGAAUUGGGAACAUAACAUAUAUCUUAAAUCAAUUGCUUCCCACAUGAGUCCUGAAUCAGCGUGUAAGGUCAUCUCUCUUCACAACGAGAACGUCGCACUCUGCGUCCGAUUUUUCAAAUGGGUGUGUAAACAGUCAACUUAUUGUUACAGUGUAGAUAGUAGAAUCCAUCUUUCGAAUUUGAUUAUGCGUGGUAAUUAUUUUGGGGUUUUACACAAGGUGGUCGUUGUCUUGAUCAAAGAUUGUAGUAAUACUGUAAAUGAGGCUCUGAGAUUGAUUAGCGUUCUUGAUGAUAUGAGGAAAUUUGGUUUCAGGAUUAGUUACCCUUGUUAUAGUACUCUUUUGAUGUGUUUAAGUAAGCUACAAAUGGCUUUACCAGCCUUUUCAGUUUAUAAAAGAAUGGUGAAUGAUGGGUUCAUUUUAGGUUCGAUAGAUUACAACACACUGAUAAACGCUUUGUGCAAGAAUGGGUUUGUACGAGGUGCAGAAAUGUUUGUUUCAAGAAUUGUGAAACUUGGUUUCGAUAUAGAUGUUCAUAUUUCAACUUCUUUAGUACUAGGCUAUUGCAGGAUCGGUGAUCUUAAAGAGGCCUUCCAAGUGUUUGAUGUAAUGUCAAAAAGAGAUGGUUGUGGGGCAAAUGAGGUAACUUUCACGAUACUGAUUCAUGGUCUAUGUGAAACAGGUAAGCUCACAGAAGCAUUUGCAUUAAAGGGAAAAAUGGUCAUGAAUGGAUGCCAUCCAACUACACGUACAUAUACUGUUCUCAUUAAAGCAAUUUGUGACUUAGGAUCUACAGAUAAAGCUAUGUAUUUACUCGAUGAGAUGCUCAAGAAAGGAAGCAACCCUAAUGCUCAUACUUACACAAUAUUGAUCAAUGGAUUAUGCAUGGAAGGUAAAAUUGAAGAGGCAAAUUCAAUGUUUAGAAAAAUGAUCAAAGAUGGAUUAAUUCCAGGCACAAUUACUUACAAUGCACUCAUCAAUGGCUACUGUAAACAAGAAAGAGUUGUUUCUGCUUUUGAGCUUCUUUCCAUGAUGGAAAAAAGAAACAGUAGGCCAAAUAUUCGCACCUUUAAUGAACUUAUGGAAGGUUUAUGUAGAAUUGGUAAGCCUUACAAAGCCAUGGCAUUAUUGAGAAAGAUAGUUGAGAAUGAUUUAAGACCCGAGACACUAACUUAUAACAUAUUAAUUGAUGGGUUUUGUAAAGAAGGCCAACUUGAUAUGGCUUUUAGAAUUCUAAACUCCAUGGAUUCACUUCACCUUGAAUCUGAUGGAUUUGCAUAUACAACACUCAUAGAUCAGCUUUCCAAAGAAGGAAAAGUGGAUCAAGCAAAUGGGAUCUUGGGUUUAAUGAUGAAAAAGGGAGUAAUUCUUGAUGAAGUCACAUUUACUGUUCUUAUCGAUGGGUAUUGCAAGAAUGGUAAAACAGAAAAUGCAGUUAUGAUUUUCGAUCGAAUGGUCAAACAUCUUACUUUGACCAGCCCUCACAUUUUUAAUUCACUGAUUGAUGCUUUCAAUAAAGAUACAAAGGUGGGCUAUUCGAAUGCAAUUUUUGGGAAGAUGUUGAAAUGUGGUGUGACUCCUUCUGUGGUGACUUACACAAUUCUAAUUGAUGGGUAUUUAAGGGAAUGUAAUUUUGAUCAAUCUUUAAAAGUUUUUGAAUCAAUGAAACUUUGUAAUUGUCCUCCAAAUGUCUACACAUUCACGAUUUUCAUCGAUGCAUUAUGUCAAAAUGGUAGAAUGGAUGAAGGAUUGAAGCUUCUUGAAACUAUGCGUGAUGCGGGUGUAUCUCCAAAUGUUGUUACUUAUACUAUAUUGAUUAAAGCUUAUGUUAAAUCGGGUGAUUUGGAACAUGCAUUUGGAAUCUUGAAUAAUAUGGUAAAAGAUAAGUGUCCACCAAACUUUGAGACUUUUUCUUCGUUGCUUGAAGGAUUAGUUAUAUCCAGCAAUGGUAAAACUAAAAAUAAAAAUUCUUCUUUUAUUGUUUUUAAAGAAAUGAAUGCUACUCAUAGUGUUGAGUUUUUACAAAAGGCCAAGAAACAUGGUGUUAAGGAUUCGGAUGUUAAUAGUUUCUUGAUCAUGGGGUUGUAUAAAGUGGGACGAAUAGUUGAAGGCUAUGAAUUGGCUCAAGAAAUGGUGAAAAAUGGCUACUUUCCUGACAUUACUGCAUGUUCUCAGAUUCUUGAACACUUGUGUCAUGAAGGGAAAUACGAUGAUUGUGUAGUGUGGAUGAAGUUGAUGUUUGAUCAUGGGCCUAUGCCAUCUUUUGAAUCAUGUUGUUGUUUAUUUCAUGGUCUUCGAAAGGAAGGAAAGAUUCAGGAAUUGCAAGAUUUGAUGUGUAAUCUUUUGUGGAAAGCUGGUGUUGAGGAGAAAGAUGGAGUUUUAUCAUACAUGGAAUCUUUGUUAAAUUGUGAUGAACAUGAUGAAUGUCUUAAGCUUCUAAAAGUUGUUGAAGAACUUAACCAUCAAGAGAGACCGAUAAUUUAA